UUCUCUAUAGAAACAAUGAACGUCUCUUCCAUCAUAAUCGCUCAUCGUAUUCUUACAAUGACACCUUCUAUUUCCAGCCUCCAACAUGAAUCAACCUCUGCUUCUCAAGACGGAAGAAGCCCGAAAGGCGGAGCAAUAUUUCGGAUACGAGGCGUACCUCUAAGUUGGCAAAAAGACCAAUUACAAGCCUACCUAGAGCAUCAGGAGCCCGAUUCUCGACCUCUUGUCAAGUCUCUUGCGAAUGAAGUAGAUGGUUAUUUUAAAACAGCCACCGUUAGCUUUCAAAGUCCUCUGCCUUCAGAGAAAAUUAGCAAAGCUUGGAAUAUUCCGCUGCCAGAACCAGACAACGAUGAUGACGACCUCUCCGUUUCAGCCCUACCAUUAAGGGUAGAUGGAGCUUUUCUCGGCAUUACCACCCUGUUUGCGCCUACUGUGGAAGAUCACGAGGUUGAUAUUGUUGCUGUCUCCGGCCUUGGUGGACAUGCAUACGGAUCCUUCAAGGACAAGAAUGGGAGUCACAUGUGGUUACAAGAUGCCCUUCCCCUUAACCUUAAUAAGGAUGAUACUCAUCAUCCAAUGGCCCGCAUCAUGAUAUAUGGUCAUGAUUCAGCUGUGCCAUGGAGCAGCAAUGUGCAGGAUAUAGACGACUUAUCGUCUGCACUCCAUUCAGCCCUCUUGGCUCUGAUCCAAGCUCCACGACCAAGGCCUAUUAUUCUCAUGGGUCAUAGCUUGGGUGGAUUAAUCAUCAAAAAGGCAUUAAUCACUCUGUCCAAAUCCUCCAGCUUGGACGACCAAAAUCUUUUCCAGACGAUUUAUGGAAUUGUCUUUUUUGGAGUUCCGCAUGGCGGUAUGGACAUUGCCUCUCUUAUGCCCAUGGUCGAAGAUGGACCUAACCGUUCCCUGGUCGAGUCAAUUGGGGCAUCAUCAUCUGUCUUGGAUAAUCUGCAACAGGACUUUCUUCCAUCUUUGGGUGACCAGGGAGAGAAAGAAGUCACUUGCUUUUAUGAAACAGAGCAAUCGCCGACCGCGCGGCAGGACGAGAAUGGUAAAUGGAGCAUGAGCGGCCCUCCAACCAUCCUUGUUACAAAAUCUUCGGCCGUGCAUUGUCGCUCAUGGGAACAGGAUAGCGUUCACAUAUGCCCUAUUGCACGAUCCCAUUCCGAGAUUGUCAAGUUUGGCCCGAAUGACAGCUAUUAUAACGAUGUCCGAGAUAGGCUCUACGGACUCGUACAGCGAGCUUUGAGGCCAGAAACACAUGAAUACGUCUAAAUCAUCGGGUAAUAUGAUAUCUGUUUAUGGGAGUGCGGCGUGAAUUUGAGGUAUCAGCAUGGAAAGUAAUGUUUAAGUAAAAGCGACACUAGUCGUGUUAAUCUA